ACUAACUUGAAUCCUCCUGAAGUGGAGUCCAAACAAGCGUGCAUGCUCUGCCUCUUCCAUGUCCAAACUCCUAACAAUGGCAACACUGUCGUUCACAUCUCUGAACUCUACAUGUACCUAUUUAAGCCAUUGCACACACGUACAGACGCCAACAGUCCAACACCGGCCAGUAUCAGCACAAGCGAAGAGUAAGCCAUGGGCACCUUCCUAGGCCACUUCCUCCCCGGCCUGGCCUUCGCCAUCCUCGGCGUGUGGCACACGCUCAACACCGUCAGGGCCUACAAGCUCAAGGGCGCCUCCGGGUUCCGCUCCGCCACCUGGUUCCCCUUCCCGUCGCCUCUGCCAGGCCUGAGGCACCUGGAGCUCUACCUCCUGCUCUCCUUCUCCGUGCUCGCCAUCGUCGACCAGCUCGUCGACUUCCCCAUCCUCGCGCUCUCCCUCCAGCCGGACAGCCUCGAGCACGCCACCAUGUACCUCCACCUCUCCGUUUACGCGUCCGUGGCGCUGGCCGUCGACCUCACGUGGCGCCGCGACGCGCUUGGGGACGUGGUGGCUGCGCUCGCCGCGUCGGUAUUCGGGCAGGAGCUGUUCCUGCUCCGGUUUCACUCCGCGGACCACGCCGGCCUCGAGGGCCACUACCACUGGCUGCUGCAGCUAGUGGUGGCGGCCUCCCUCGUCGCCACGGCCGCCACGGCCGUCCUGCCAAGGAGCUUCGCCGUGGCGGUGGUGAGGUCAGCGUCCGUGCUGCUCCAGGGCAUGUGGUUCAUGGUCAUGGGCUUCGCGCUGUGGGUCCCGGCACUCGUGCCGACGGGGUGCCACGGCGUUGAUCAGGGAAGCGCCGCCAUGCAGAGCGCGGUGGCGUGCUCGACGGAGGAUGCGGCGCGGAGGGCGGUCGUGAUGGCCAACCUUCAGUUCAGCUGGGCGCUCGCCGCGGUGUGGGUCGUGACGGCGUACCUGUGCCUCAGGGUGGAUUGCCGGUGCUUGGAGUACAGGCAGCUUCAGCCGCCAGCCGGCGACGGCGGUGCCCUCAUCGUCGACGGGGACGCGCCGCAGAAGCGCGUGUUUCCCGUUGCAGAGCAGGUGUAGAAGAUACUAGAAAGCAUAUGUCGCAUGCAAAACUAGUUGCUCACGGUCACUUGUAAGUACACUGAAGUGUGUGUACCUGUUACACGUACUGAUCACCUGUGCGAUGGGCUGUCUGGGCCUAAGUUUAGUUGGGCCCUUAGGUUCAGUCCAUCCAGUGAAGAUGUCCCUAGGGCCUCAUGUAGUGCACCUCAAAAAUAAAGGUAAUACUAUUUUAA